AUGGUGUUGGUUCUCUCGCAGGUUUUCGGAGACCACCACCACUUGCGGCAUCGGCGGAUAGCCAAGAGAUCGCUGUUACCGAGCCACGAGCACCAUAGGUCUCUGCAACAAGAACCCAACGUACGAUGGUUCACCCAGCAAACGCUGAAGCGUCGCUCCAAGCGUGACCUUACCCGAACCGUUCUCAACGACCCCAAGUGGCACGAGAUGUGGUACCUGAACCGCGGCAAAGCGCUGGACAUGAACGUGCAGCGGGUCUGGCAGCGCAACAUCACAGGCCGGGGCGUGGUGGUGACCAUCCUCGACGACGGACUCGAAAAAGACCACCCGGACCUCGUGGACAACUACGAUCCUCAAGCAAGCUGGGACAUGAACAACCACGAUCCGGAUCCGCAGCCAAGAUACGAUCUCGUGGAUUCCAACAGGCACGGGACGCGGUGUGCCGGCGAAGUGGCUGCGGUGAAGAACAACUCCAUUUGUGCAGUCGGCGUAGCCUUCGGUGCGGGCAUCGGAGGAGUGCGCAUGCUGGACGGGGACGUGACGGACAUAGUGGAGGCCCGGUCCCUGGCGCUGAACGACCAGCACAUCGACAUCUACAGCGCGUCUUGGGGCCCCGACGACGACGGCAAGACGGUGGACGGGCCCGGGGAGCUGGCCACGCGGGCCUUCCGGGACGGCAUCGAGAAGGGCCGGGGCGGCCUGGGCUCCAUCUUCGUGUGGGCCUCGGGCAACGGCGGCCGGGAGAGGGACAACUGCAACUGCGACGGCUACACCAACUCCAUCUGGACGCUGUCCAUCAGCAGCGCCACGGAGAACGGUCUGGUGCCCUGGUACAGCGAGGCCUGCUCCUCCACCCUCGCCACCACCUACUCCUCGGGCUCCACGGGCGAGAGGCAGAUAAUCACGACAGACCUUCACCAUGGCUGCACCUCCACACACACUGGAACCUCAGCAUCUGCUCCUCUGGCAGCAGGCAUCUGCGCUCUUGCUCUGGAAGCCAACCGUAAGCUGACGUGGCGAGACAUGCAGCACAUCGUCGUGCGAACAGCCAAGCCAGCCAACCUUCAUGCGAGCGAUUGGCUGAAGAAUGGCGUAAACCGCAAUGUGAGCCACUCGUUUGGCUAUGGCCUGAUGGACGCCGAUGCGAUGGUGAUGCUGGCUAAGCGAUGGGUCACUGCGCCGCCCCAGAAGAUGUGCAUGGUCAGGGCCCAGCCAAUGGACAAGCUGAUUCCGGCAAAGAGUCAUGUGGAGCUAAAACUGAAUGUGACCUGUGAAAAUGUGCGCUUUCUGGAGCAUGUUCAGGCGAAGGUGACCUUAUCUGCCACCAGGAGGGGGGACCUCCACAUCUACCUCACCUCUCCAGCGGGAACAAGGUCUACCCUCCUAGCCCAAAGACCUCUUGACAAUUCGCGCUCUGGCUUCCAAGCCUGGCCCUUCAUGAGCGUCCACACCUGGGGCGAGAGCCCCAACGGCGAGUGGAGACUCGAGAUACACAAUGAUGGGCGUUACUACGGCAAAGCUACGCUACGGGAGUGGUCCCUUAUCCUGUACGGAACGACGGAAGACCCAGACGCUUGGGUCGGAGCAACGCCGCAGGCACCCAAGUUGCCAGAGAAGGAGGGGCUACCGUCGCCACCGCCGACCGUGACCGCAAGCCGCAAGACGACGACGACGGCACCGAAAAAAGAGCAGACGACGACGCCCGCACAGCAGACGACCAAGACGUUCCCAGUGUACAAGCCCAUGAAGCCGCCGCCGUCUCUGGAACGACCGCCGAGCGAGCCCGUCGACUCUCUCGACAACUUCAUUCAUUCCGACCCCCGGCGCCCAGCCGCGGGUCCCCCAGGGCACCCCGUAGUGGUUCACGGGACCCGGGAGAACCCCGCCCGUGGCACUGCAGCGUCGGCGGCCGGCCCAGACGCGGCUCAGGGGGCCGCCGGUGCGCCGCCGUGCGGCCGCGCUGGACCCACGUGCAUAGAGUGUCCCUUCCCAAAGUACUCGUCCUGGGGCGCCUGCGUGGACAAGUGUCCUCCAGGCACGUACCCGACCCCGUCGCCGAUCCCGAUGGCGGACACGCAGCGAAGCACGCUGGCGUGCCUGCGCUGCCACUACUCCUGCAGGGCCUGCCACGGGCCCAACGACAACGAGUGCUCGUCGUGCUUCUCGGACGCCGACCUCGUGGACGGUGGCUUCUGCCAGCCCAAGGCCCUCCUCUCCAGGCUCAAUGCCGCCACGGUCUGGUACAAGGCCAUGACCGUGGCCUUCAUGACGCUCUGCGUCGUCAUCGUGUCCGUGACCGGCCUGGUGCUGGCCAUGCAGACGACAUGCCUCAGCUUCUGCUGCCCCGGCCGCCAACGGAGGGUGGACGGUCCCGGCGUCAAGGGUACGGCCAGGUACUCCGGUCUUCCGGUUCGUGCGGCGGCCUUCCCCGAAGACGCGCCGGGCAAGCCGUUCCGUGCCAACGACCAGACGAACAAGAAGCCCAACGUGAAACCGUAUCGGGACGAAGAUAUUUAAGUUUAGGAAGGCUGCUGUAUUCUAGCUGUGUUCUCGUCGUUUCGUCGAGACGUUGGUGGCUCCGAGGCGCGCGCGCGGUGAGGACGAGUGAAUGGUUUUGGAUCCCCCCCGACUGCGGACUCGGAAGUGAGGCUCAGGAAGUGUGAUUUGGUGAUGUCGAACCGUGACCUGUGUCUUUGGAGGAAGGAAGGAAGGAAGUGAGUGCGUGCAAACGACUUAAGGGACUUUAUUUUUUAGGUGCUAUAGUUGUAUCAAAGUUGUUUUUGGACCUCGAAGUAAGGGUAGGCAUCGUAAGUUUGUGUGGCGACGAUGCGGGAGGUGUGUCGUGUUCGAAGUGACUUAAAGAGCUUGAAGUUUAUUUCGAAAACUGCACCGUAUAGUUACAUCUUUGGAGAAAGCAGAUGAUGACAUAUAUGUCCUCUAUUUUUUUAUUCGAAGAGACGUACCUGUCUCUGUGUUUAGUCACGUGCUGACAAUCCUAUUAGACGCACCUGAGGCCCAGAUGGCAAUGCAACGUGCACGAUUGCAAUCUGCGUUUGAUUAAUUCCUUCAUUACCAUUUGUUUGAUUUUUUUCUAUUUUUGACACUGUUAUACUAGAAAUUUUUUAAAGUUCUAUUGAUGGUAUUUUUUUUCUUUCCAUUCCGUUGUUUUCUAGUCGCCCGUUGAAUUAACAUGUUUCGUGCAUUUCGGAAUACCAGCGUUUUUAUUUUCCACCCAUCGAUCAAUUAAAAGAAGAGUUGAUUGCCUGUCAAA